CGCGACUCCAGAACCUUCUUCCCCUCCGCCUCCAUUUCGUCUUCUUGGUCCUCCGCCUCGCCUGUUCCCUGAGCUGCGUUGCGUGUUGAGAGAGAGAGAGAUAGAGAGAGAGGAGAGACCCGCGAGAGGCUGCCUUGUGGGACCGGGGAGUCAGCGAGGAGAGAGAGAUGGCGGGGAUCGGGCCGAUCAGGCAGGACUGGGAGCCGGUGGUGGUGCGGAAGAAGGCGCCGACUGCCGCCGCCAAGAAGGAUGAGAAGGCCGUCAACGCCGCCCGGCGCUCCGGCGCCGAGAUCGAUACCAUGAAGAAACACAACGCUGGGACGAACAAGGCGGCAUCCAGUGGUACAUCACUCAACACCAAGCGGCUCGAUGAUGACACCGAGAACCUUGCUCAUGAGCGUGUCUCAAGUGACCUGAAGAAAAAUCUUAUGCAAGCAAGGCUGGAUAAGAAGCUGACCCAGGCACAGCUUGCUCAGAUGAUCAAUGAGAAGCCACAGGUGAUCCAGGAGUAUGAGUCGGGCAAGGCGAUUCCCAACCAGCAAAUCAUUGGCAAGCUUGAGAGGGCCCUGGGAACAAAGCUGCGUGGUGGUAAAAAGUAAAUCAAUCCCCGGAGCAACAAGUUGAAGACAAGGCGAUAUGUCUGCUUAUCAUCUAUGCUGGGUUUUAUGGUCAUGCAAGCUGUUUUUGUUGGUACAUGAGUGAAUAACAGUUCUGUCGUAGACCUUGUCAUGCUGCUCCUCUCAUGUGUCAUAUGCCCUACUGUGUUACGAGUUGUGCUGAACCUGCGAGCUGGUAUGAUAACCUGCGUGGUUGGUGGCAAUUGCUAAUACGUCAGUUGCUUGGAA